AUGGAUAUUACCAAGAAGAAUUUCAUCGAGCAACUUCCACUGAUUCGGGAAACAAUCCGGGAUGCUACGUUUUUUGCAAUGGAUUGUGAAUUCACCGGACUGGCCUCCGAUCGUACCAUAUUCCCGUUUGAUACACCGGAAGAAGUGUAUUUGAAGAUGGUCGAAAAUAGCCCACAUUACAUUAUCGUACAGUUCGGGCUGUGUGCCUUUCGUGUUGAACCACCGGCAGAGGACAAUAAGGACGCCGAGCCACGCGUAUCGUACAAAUGUUUCAACUUUUUCUGCUAUCCCAAGGGCCGCGGGAACGUGUUCAGUUGCCAAGGUGAAAGUAUGCGCUUUCUCGCCGACAAUGGGUUCGAUUUUAAUCGACUGUUUCGCGAAGGACUUGCGUAUGCAAACGAAAGCGAAGAGCAACGGUACAGAGCUGACUUGAAGGAGCGUCAAGCAACGAGGGCAGCCACAAUACUGGCGGCGGCUGAGGAAGAGUCGAAUGAAGCCGAUCCCAAGGCAGCAAAAAUGUCAGACGUCAAUGCAAUUCCAGUUCCUACAGAACUUCAGCAACAAGUGUAUGAUACCGCUGCCAGUAUCGAGGAGUUUCUACAGUCUGACCGGCCGGAACUGAUCGUCGGUAACUGUAAUGCAUUCCAACGGAAGCUCAUCUAUCAGAUGAUAGAACAGCGCUACAUUCGUAAGGUGUCCACCUCCACCGUAUCGCUGGAGAACAAUCAGAAGGCGAUUAAAGUGGAACGGAAACGUUCGUACGAAGAGGAACAGGCAUUGGAUGAGCAGCGUCGGGCGCAAGAGAAUGAGGAUCUCGAGUUGAACGUUGGAAUAUCUCUGGUUCUGCAGGAGUUGUCGAAGGCCCGCAAAUUGAUCGUUGGUCACAAUAUGUUGCUCGAUUUGUUCUACGUGCUUCGGCAAUUCUUUAAGCCUCUACCGGUAGACUAUCAAGAAUUUAAGAAGCUCGCGAAAGAAUAUUUCCCGCUUCUCCUCGACACUAAAUAUCUGUGCACGAACGCUGAAAUCAAGGUGGACGUUAAUUCGUCCGUAUUGGCGCACGUGUAUGACGCGGUUAGCAAGGCACCAUUUUCCAUUCCCACGGUACAUGCCGAGCUUCCUGACCAUCAGUACAGUGUAGAAGAUGAGAAAAAGCACGAAGCUGGUUAUGAUGCGUACCUUACCGGGCUUUGCUUUCUAGGGCUUGCCAGUCGGUUCAAGGUUAAUCUGUUGCAACUUUCCAAGGACAACACGUUGAGGCAUUACAUGAAUCGAAUUUUCAUCACUCGCCUAAAUGAUGUUAACUACAUUUAUCUGAACGGAAAAGAGCCCUCACAAACACGGGAUCACAUUUUUUACGUUACCUUCCCGGAAAGCUGGCGAACCAGUGACAUCCAGAGCAAGUUUAAACCGUUCGGACCGGUACAUGUCAGCUGGCUGGACCAUACUUCCGCAUUCGUGUCGUUACACAAUCGCAUCGCAGCGAGUUCGGUGCUGAAAACGAUCGGAUAUCACACCGGCUUCAAAGUUUACAGCUUUGCGCAGUUUACGCAAAUGAAACUGCAACGCCCUGGUACUAAACGAGGACGAAUCGGUUCGGGUAGUUCUAGCAGCGGAAAUGGUGCUGGAGUUCGAUGCGCACAACCAGUCGAUCAAUCGAGCCGGGAAGAAAAAGCAGAAGAAGAAAGCCAAACAAUAGACCACACUGUACCCGCCGUUAAGCGGAAGGGCAAGCAUGAGGAUCAACCGCCACCGGCAGUCAACGAAGCCAACGCAGACGACAGCGGUGGGUGGAAAACUGUUAAAAAGGCUCGCAAAACGUUCACCGACAACAAUGAUUGGUGA